CCUGGACACUGGCUCUGCCUGCGCUGUGCACAUGCCUCGUGCCUGGCACAAGAGUUACCUUUCUUUGAACACCGCUCCGUCGUUGCUGACAAUGUAUAUGCGACCUCAACUGCCUGUCCACACACAUCAGUGUCACCAAUCCUUCCAUCACCGCUUCAUAUGAUCCACGUUGCAUGGCCGCAUUUGAAACUCCCUGGCUUUCCUCGAUGUCCAGACCAAAUUCCUAUGCCUCUGCCAACGACCCCUCCAAUUCCCAGCAGGGCUGGGAUCCCAAUCCUCCUACUUAUGCAGCCUUCUCUCCGACAUCCACCUCCGGAUACUCUGCCACCUCCAAACAACGCUCGACGAUAAUAGUGCACAAAAAGUCGCCUCUACUAGUAGCGACACCACCCCAGAUCACUCGAGCACUAGCCCAUUCCCACCCGUUCUUGUUGCCAUUGAAUAAACUUGCCGGGCUAUUGUCAUGGAGUACUCAAGAUCCGUGGGAGUCAUAUCUCCUCGUGGCCGUCUUUUGGGCCAUUACACUUUACGGCAGCGAAAUUAUCCGUUUCGCAAGCCCUAUAAUCGUGGUGGUUGGUUUGAUUCUCGGAAUGUAUUCAAGACGAUAUUCUCCGCUGUCUUCGACCACCAAGACAGGCGACAAACAUGCAAAGGGGCAUAAACGAGAAGCGUCAGAAUCCUUGUCUCAACACAAGACUUUGGAUGAAAUUGUCGAUACCCUCCAAGAGCUGACAGCACGGUGCAAUAUCUUGCUCGAUCCCUUUCUCAACUUGACCGACUUCCUUUCUACCCAGACAACGCCUACCGCCGCAACGACGCGACCUGCAUUGACGACUCUCUUCAUCCGUGUCCUUCUAGUCACUCCUCUUUGGAUCUUCUUAACCUUACCUCCUUUCUAUGUUCUAACCCCGCGGAGGGUUAUACUCGCCUUUGGCACUAUAAUUUUGACUUGGCACUCGAAGCCGGCGAGGGUAGCACGUGUUAUUCUCUGGCGUUCUGUUUUUAUGCGGAAGACCGCAGUAUUCGUGACUGGACUCCAGUUUGACAUAUCACCAGCUCCGAAGGUAGACUCGUUGCUUCGACCUAAUCUUGGACCCAGGUCAAAAUCUCAGACCGGAGUGGCAUCCGAAGUUGCCACGAAACGAAGACCAGAUUCGGCAGGUGUGCGUUUCACUUUUAUUCUUUACGAAAACCAGCGGCGAUGGAUAGGUCUUGGUUGGACAACAUCUCUUUUUGCGUAUGAGCGUGGUCCUUGGACUGAUGAACAUCUCAACCCGGCGCCUUCUAAGGAUGACUUUGAACUGCCAAAAGUGGAAGGUGGACAUUCCCGGUGGAGAUGGGUCGAUGGUUCUGAAUGGAGGAUCGAACACGGCGAUGCGAGGCAGCACAAGCGGGCUGCUAGUCAAAGUAAGACGGGACCAGCUGGAAACACCGGUAAAGAGGCGGCCGAUGAUGGUGGCGGCUGGAUUUACUACGAUAACAGAUGGGAGGAUGGGCGCAAAGAGGAUGGAUGGGGAAGAUAUACUCGAAGGCGGAAAUGGUUUAGAGACGCUGAGCUUGUUGAAGCUACACCAAGUACGGAUCCAAGUCCUAGCGGGACGCCAGCCCGGCAGGUGUCCGACACGGAAGACGAGAAGGUCAAGAGAGCCAAAGAUUUCGCUAAAGGAGUUGGUGCUGCCACGACUACUUCAGAGAAGAGUCCUGCGUCUUCCGACGAUCUCUCUAAUGGAGGACAGAAGUCGAACGACGACAAUACCAGUGUGGCCAAGUCAGCCACCAGCAAGAAAAGCGGAGGGUGGUUCUCGAAACGUGAGCGGAGUGGUUCCAAGAGCAGCAGUGGGAAGAAUACAGGUCAGUUCAGUACGAGGAGCGACCGAAGCCGCGAAGGUCCAGAGGAAGAUGUUCACGACAAAUGGCGAGAUAAUACUGGUGGACACAGGUCGUUUAGUGUCCAAGAGGAUGUUGCCAUGAGUCUCGGAUAGUAUGCAGUAUAAGGAGUACUAUCUGCAAACAAUGGUCUCCAUAAGGUAUUCAAUGGUAGUUGUCUCGCUACGGAGAUCAGACUGUUUCCUGUCGAUCAUGGACUGUUUUUUGAGUACG